UCAACCAGCGUAAAUUUACGUCAUAUUUUGUGUACACAAUAAUGCAUCUGAUACACUGCUAAGCAGAUGAACGACGAGUAUUACGAAUAGUGUUUUACUAGUGAGACUGAGAGUGAGAGAAUAACUUGCUAAAUUUCGAAGCCAUCAUGCCGUUUUCAAAGAGCAAAAAGGAGGAGAAGAAAGAGAAGAAAGCUUAUCCAACGCAGGCAACGGCCCCAGCCUACCCUACCCAGUCCCCACCCCAAGCACAGGGUUACCCACCCCAAGCACAGGGCUACCCACCCCAAGGGCCUCCACCACCAUACACGGCUAAUCCUCAGGCUCCACCCCCACAGGGAGCUGCCGCUGCAUACUACCCGCCCCAAGGUCAAGGCAUGGUCUACGCCCAGCCAGCGCCAGGGCAAUCCACUGUGGUCAUGCACGGGGGCUUUGAGGCAGGUGCCCGAUUUUCAGGCGGUAACCCACCCUCGAUACCGCCCCCUCCCCCAGGCGUUGCUCCUAAUGCAGCUCAGAUGGCUGCGGCUUCUGGUCAGAACGUCGUCAUCAGCCAACAACAGAGCAGUUGGAUUUCUGGCGGUGGUGAAGGCGGAUACAGUGUAUUCUAAAAAGUGGGCGUCGGUGGCAUUUUCAUCUGCUAGUGAGUCAUUGUCCGAAAAAAAAAAUAACGUUUACAAGUAAAAAACAAAGAUGCCUCUCAUACUGUAAGAGUAGAUAUGGUCGCACAUUAAACCAUUGAA